ACAAAGCCGUACUUCAACAUCCCUCUGGAUCUUCUGCAGAAGUUUAUUACUAUGGCGCUAAUGUUACAAGUUGGAAAUAUGAUGGCAAAGAAAGAUUAUUCUUGAGUAAAAAGUCCAAGCUUGAUGGAACAAGAGCAAUUCGUGGUGGAAUUCCAUUAGUUUUUCCACAAUUUGGUAAAGCAUCUGACCCAUCAGCUGAAACAGCAGCUUUACCACAACAUGGAUUUGCUCGUACAUCUAACUGGAAUUUAUCAGAAGUCAUCAUUGAUGAUGAAUCUAAAGUAUCUGUUGAAUUUGUUCUUACUGAUUCUCAGGUUUCACCUGAAUUGAUAUCUAAAUGGCCAAAGAAAUUUAAGUUAACUUUCGUCGUGACGUUGACUAAAGAAACACUGGAAAAUACUUUUAUUGUCAAGAAUGAAGAAACCAAGGAUUUAUCAUCAUCAUUCAACUUUCAUUCAUUGCUCCAUACUUAUUUUUCUGUUCCAGAUAUUUUAAAAGUGAAAAUUCAUGAUUUAAAUAAUAUAACAUAUACUGAUAAAGUUGCAAACGGAGCAAAAUUUUUGGAAAAAGGAGAUGUUAUCAAGAUUGAUAAACAUACUGAUCGUGUUUACAUUGAUGUACCAGCCUCUAAAAUUCACAUUGAUACAGGAGAAGAAAAAUUCAUCGUUACAAAGAUUAAUUGUAAAGACACCGUUGUUUGGAAUCCAUGGAUUGAAUGGUCAAAAGCUACGACUGAUAUAGAUGAUGAAGAAUAUAAAGGAAUGGUUUGUGUUGAAGUUGGUCAAGUUACUGAUUAUGUUAAUUUGAAAGCCCAAGAAACUUGGAAAUGUGGACAGAUUUUGGAAGUUGCUGCUAAUGUUAGCUGA